GUCUACCCGGGCAGGCCCGCGGCCUGCGCCGGCAGAGGCCCCGCAGACGGCGCGCCGUUUCCCGGCGAAGCGGACGGCGGGUGGCCGCAGGCCGCUGCGCCACCCCUGCCGCCAGCGGGCGGCGGCGCCGGCCACGGCGCGUUCCUCGACGCGGCGACCCAGGGGGCGUCUGCCCUGGGUGGCGACGACAGGCUGGCCAGCUGGUGCAGGCAGAUGAGACUCUCGCCCGCCCUGGUCACGCGCAUGUCAUCCGAGGGCUUCUUCAGCACCGCGGCCCUCGCCCACAGCGACGAGUCGGACCUCAACGACCUGAUCACUGGCUUCGG